CUGAGAUGCGAGGAAGCUGGCGCUGACUACUAAUCACAGAGUUGAUCGUCUGAGAUUACCUUUGAAGUCAAUACGGAGAUACUCUGCAACUCCGCACCCACGCGACGCGCCGCAAUAUCGGACUGGACGAAAUCGAAAAGGCAACGCUCUCGACUGCCAUUCCUGUCGGCCACCGUACAUGUGUCGAUACGAGCUUCUUGGACGUGGACUGUUAUAUUGGCAGCGUAAAAGGUCCAGCGUGGACAAGGACACCGCUUUAAGGUAGGCUGGCCUUGUGUGUUACGUCCCUUAAAUCCCUACCUAAACGGCUCUCCAUAGAGAGCCCCGAACAGAAUGCUCCACGAAAUCCUUCUCUCCCUCUCAGGCCAACCGUCACAACUCUUCGAUACCCACUCUGAGCAAGAUGCGGUCUCUGAGGAUGCGUUUCCUCUCCUGUCACCUCCGGAGAAAGCCCUCCUCACCUCCCUUGCCCGUCUGAGCCGACUCCACGCGAAGCUACGAGCUCAUACAGCUCUGAUCUCUUCCUCACACCAUUCUGUCAUAUGCCGGGCUGUUUCAACUGCAAUUAGUACACAGCACCUGGGGGGUUUUCAAAGAAAGGUAUUGGAAGUAGAGAAAGCAAUCUUGGUGGAAGAUAGUGGGUAUGUUGGGGGCUACGGAAUUGUACCGUUGUCAACGAUAGUCGGCGAAUUUUCUCCUUGGACCCGGCGGCUCGAAUGGCUCUGGGAGGUUGCUCGCUUUAUUCUUCCUGACCGCAGGAAAGGCAAUAGCCAAUGUUGUACGGGCGCGGCACUGAUUGACUACCUUCGGGCGGAAUCGCAAACAGGAUAUGUAGACAUUGGAGAGAUGGCACUGCAUCUAAUCAGCGCGGCUGAGACUGCUUGGAUGAGGCAAUUAUCCACGUGGCUACUGUAUGGGAAUCUUCCUGUGCUGGGCAAGGAUGAUUUUUUCAUUCAGGCAGAAAACACGGUGGAGGGCAAUCGCUCUGCAACCGUGGCAGAUUUUGUCUUGCGAACGGACUUGCAACCAAAAUUUGUCUCCUCUGACACGGCGUUAUCCAUCCUAUUCAUUGGGAAGACAUUGAACCUUCUUAGGGCGAAGCGUAGUCCUUCUACCACCGACUCCCCAACAGGUCUUCUAACAUCGUCAGUCACUAUACAUGGCGAACAUAUCGAACAUUUUGCUACUUUGAAGUCUCCCAUAUCGACCUCCAAACUUUCUAAUACUAUAAAUUCCAUCCGAUUAUCCUUGUCGCAAAGUACCCUCUCUAAACUACUGCCACUUCCAAAAAUUCUUGAGAUCUUGACUGUCCUGCACGACUUUUUGUUGCUGAGACGCGGCGAAUUUGCGUCAGCACUUGUAUCGCAUGCUGAUGCUCGUUUGAAUGAAAGACAUCGACGGCCUGGGACUUUGGCCCUCAAAGGAAAGUCUUCUGAGGGUCUACAAGGGCUUGCCAUUAAAGAAGGAGAUGUUGCGAAUGCUCUGUCACAGGCGUGGGCUGAGCUAUAUUCUUUGCAAAACGAGGAAGAUCCUGUAGAUGAUGAGCUUGACCUUGCCAGGGACCUACUACGGUUAUCAAUGAAUGAUAAAAGAAAUGGCCACUCAGUCGCGGCAACACCCUCAGCGGCUGGGCUCGAGCAUAUAGCCAAAAUCUCAGAGAUCCCUUUCGAUGACCUUCUCUUUCCAGCGCCAACAGUCCUUUCAGCACAAGUGCAACCCCCCUUAGAUUUAUUCCUCUCGGCCUCUGAUAUCUUCAUAUAUUCAAAGAUUCACUCCUACCUUCUAGGUAUCCGACGCGCACAAUUGCACUUGGGGGACCUCUGGAAACAUACAUUUCUGCGAAAGAGCCACCCUUCCCCAUGGGGCCCACCCCGGAGCAACUCCGCUUUUGGGCAGGACAAACUCAGAAUGGGGAGGCAAAGAGACAACGCCCGGAUUAGUCAGAUGAGGCCUGUCUGGGCGACAUGCAGUGCCUCCCUGUUUGUGUUGUCGGAAGUCGGCAGCUUCUUCCAAGGGGAGGUUAUCAAUGGCUCUUGGCAGCACUUCCGGGAGUGGAUCGGAGGUGCCCCAGCCUCGUCUACAAAUUCCCGACCGGGGACCUCGUCAUCGUCGUCAAAGAGCAAACACAGCUAUAACAGCAUGGUCUCUGAGGAAACGCCCGGAGCUGGCUCCGAUCGAUUCAGUCAGGGGCCGAGGACACCGCUUGACCCUGAAACACUGACGGUUGCACACCGUCGAUACUUGUUUACCCUGGUGCAGGCGCUAUUCUUGACUGACAGGCCGUUCACCAAAGCCUUACGGUUCUUACUUAUGAGCGUUGACCAUUUUAUCGCUCUUGUGGUUCGUCUGGAAAGCAUUCAGCGCAAUAUGGACUUGGAGACAGACGAAGGUGUUGUGGAUGCCUUGAUCGAUUACGCUGGAGAAGAGAGGGAAGUAUGGCAAGCACUUGGUGCAGCGCGAGGCGAAGUCGAGACGGGAAUCAAGGUUCUUGUGGCACGACUGAAAGACAUCGAUGAUAGCCGGUCUGGUGAGGGACGGACCAUGUUCGAUGUGUCGAAAAGUCCACGUGAAAAGUGGCCAAUAUACCAACAAAAUGGCACAGGCACUGAGACCAAUAUGGGCCACUAUGUGCCUAGGAAGGCAGCCGGGGUGGACCGACUGCUUAUGAAGUUAGACUUCGGGAAUGCAAAUGGAAGCCUCAGGCCCGGAACCGUUCAAGUAUCAGGUGGAUUUGGCAACUACUAACCUGGUAGUGGGAAAUCCGACCCUUGGUUGGGCUACCAUAAAGAAACGAUUUUUAUGAUUAUGGUCAUGUAAUAUAUUUUUAGCAUAAACUUAUAGUUCUUCAGAGAGAAAAAAAGGCAAU